GGGGGUGGGAAUCGCAGGGGGUAUCUGGUUGGAUCCCUCUCUGCUGCUCCUGUUUUGCUGGGAUAUUUGCAAUCCACUCUGGCAUUGUCAUUGUGUGUGCCAGAGUGUGUGUGUGUGUGUGGAAUUCAAUACCGCCGUUUUUAUUAGUUAAUUUAUUUUUUACUUGGCGGAAUAAUGGAAUCGGCGUGGAAUGAGACAUCACAUUUUUCACAUCAUGAACCUGCUUGGUUCGGCACGACGAUUUUGGCGGUGUUGGUGAACUGUGUUUUGGUGCUGGGAGCUGGGAUUUGCAAUGCACUGGUGCUCACUGUCGUCCUCAACAGGAGGGUGUUUUAUUCUCCUACUAAUGGGUUCAUUUCCAGUUUAUGUAUCUCAAAUUUACUCAUGGCACUGAUCAUAAUUCCUGGAUUCCUGGGACUCGAAGCCGCAAACCCAUCUGUUGAUUCGUCUGGACAGGCCUGGUCCCAAGUUUGCAGCUUGGUCCACUUUGCAGCAAUGUGGCUGGCAUUCCACAAUGUUUUCACAUCAACUUGUAUCGCUUUUGACAGGUGGUAUGCAAUUUCGCAUCCCAUGGACUAUCCUAAGCAUGUAACCAAGAGAAAAACCCUUGUUGCUGUGGGUUCUGUUUGGCUCUCAGCUGCUGUGCCUCCAGUUUUUGGACUGUUCUCUGAAUCCUGCUCAAUAUUCUCCAGGUGCAUAACUGGGCAUCAAGCUCUGAAUUCAGGGUGUUUAUGGAAGCAUGAUCAUCAUGCAUCAUCAUCACCAUCAUCAGCCUGCAGCUUGUUGCUGCUCUUUCUAUUCCUCCUGGUGCCCUUCUUCAUCUCAGCAGUGUUCUACUCUCUGCUCUACCGCAUGGCACUGCACCACGCCAACAAAAUUCGCAAGGAAUUCAGAGCCAUACAAAUUCCACCCAUCAUCCAAGAACCAACAACAGCAGCAACCAAAUCGUCAGCAUUAGCUCCACCACCGUCCACUUUGAAGCACGUGCGAUCAGCUCCGAAUCUCCGUCGACACGACACACUGUCUGUGAUCCCUGUCAACAACCCGGAUUACGGGAAAAAAGACGAAGAUGACGAACGAGUUGAUGAAAGUCCACCAGUGGCUGCACCGCGGAGGAAAUACAGCACUAGGCCAAAUACAUUGUUGUUGCAGCCGAAAAAAAGAGAGAGGAUCACGUUGACAGCGAGGCAAAUGAUUGAUCUCAAAAAGCGACCGCAUUUGCCGUUGGGGGAUAACUUGUGUCCUGUCCACUUGAGCAUUUCUUGCCCCAGCACACCCCUGGAGCAUGCCUGCAUGCUGGACCCGCAGCGACCAUACCCCCCGAUCCCCGGGGACCAGCACCCACCGGGCCAACAGCUGCCAACAACAUCCCUGACAGGAACCCGCAGCAGCAACCCACAGCCGGAAAUCCUCGUCACUCGAACCCUCCCACGUCGUCGGUCCCAUCAAACCCAUCAGGCCAUCAGCAGCACCAGCACCAGCAGCAGGCUCGUGGUGGAAAAAAGUCUGCAGGGCCCCGCUUUGUGGGUCACAGGGGCCAGUGUUCGUCGCAAAGACAGCCCUGCUGAUGACAACAAUGAAUCCUCACACCAGCAGGUCUCGGUUGAUGCCCAGCAGCAUCAUCCUGUGGAUCCCAAGUUGGGUUCGACCAUCAUCACUAAUAGCAGACAGCAGAGGACCCGGUCGUCGGUGGGUGGACCAGGAGCAGUGCCCAGGUCAGCAGUGAGCUGUGUUGAAAGGAGGAUCAAAGCCCGGGGGAUCCCGAGACGGGCUUCGGCAUUGUCUGCGGAUAUUGCACAGGCUGGGGCUAAUCUGGUGCGCAGGAUCUCUUCCAGUUUCCAGUUCAAGAAGCCCUUGUCCGUGGCCUGGGUGUUUCCUUACAGAUCUCCAAGCAAAGCCCUGAGGACAAUCACAUUGAUUCUUGGAGGAUUUUGCCUCACCUGGGCCCCGGUUUUGAUUUCGGAAAUUUCAAGAAACGUGACCUCUGAAAUUGGCAUUCGAGACCACGGGAAUUGCACGCACUGGCCGACGAGACACAUUGCAAGUUUUUUGUUCCAUCUCACAGCUUUAUAUCAUCCUUUGGUCUACGGAUUUUACCCGAAAGUCAUCAGAACUGGGAUUUCUGCACUAAUUUUCUGUCUCUGGCGCAGAUUGAAAGUUAAACUCGGAUGUACGAGUAUGGGGUUUAUACUGUGAAUUAUUGUUUAUUGCCUUUCAAAUUAAAUGAGCCAUUGAACGAUGCC